AUGGCAUAUGUAUUGUCGCUCCGGCCUCAGAGCCCACUCAAGCGUUCCUUCAGCGACAAUCCAUACCUCAAUUCCUGCUCCCCACAGAAAGACACACUACUUGCACCGCUGAGCGACAUCACCGCUCGUAAUGGCUCCCCGUGCUCGUUGUAUUCCCUUGGCGCGACUAGAGCCGACUGGUCUCGAAGUAAUGAAAACAUACCACCAUUAACCUCUCAGUCGCUGCUGGAUCUUGUGCCUGAAAACCCCGGCUUUCCUUUCAAUACCAGACAUGUCGUCGAAGAACCACGCAAGCGGAACUGUGGGCCUGAUAGACCACCACCGUCUUUCUCACGACUUACAGCCCUUCCGAAGCUAUACCCGAGGGGGUACCACAAAUCGCAGCAGAUGGCGGAGUCUUCCUCUGAUAGUGACAGCUCAACUGAAUACAUGGACGCUGAUGAUAACAGUUUCGAGGAAACACGCCUGUUCAACUUCUACGAAGCCAUCCAUGUACCGUUGCCAGAAGGUCGCUUUACCGACGAUGACGGCAACGAGCCGCGUGAAGAGUACGAGGAAGUGCCCGUCGCCAUUCACGUCCCUUCACAACCCUUUCGCCGGUGGAUGAGUACUUUGCGACGUCGACAUGCUCAGCGGUGGAGAGAUAACCUCCCUGAGAUAUUACGGCUAUCCUUCGACACUACUGAUGGCAUGUCUGUUCUUUCUCGACCACCUGGAAGGCUCUCUGAGUCGGCACGCAGGACUCCGGAAUCGUUGACGUCUUCAAUGGGUUACGUAACAGCCAUGAAGUCGGCUUCGAUAACCAUUGGGAGCACAAGUAUUGCGCCUCGUUCGGAUGCGGGGCUACAGGGUAGGGUUCGCUUGGGCAACAGAAGCAGCAACUACUCCGAAGCGCGCAGGUCACUCGAAAGCCAUCGCGGUGCACUGGGACCUGUGCUCGAUGAGAGCGCAUGGCUUCGAUCACUACAGCGUCGGAAAGUCGUUGAAGAAUUAAUAUCCUCGGAAGAGAGCUACAUCGCAGACCUUAAGGUCUUGAUCAACGACUAUUUCAUGAUCCUUACUGCCCUCCCUACUCUAUCGGGUCAAACACGAUCAUCCAUACAGCAAAAUAUCUCCCAGAUUCUACAGCUUCACGAAGACUUGCUCGCCGAACUUCACCAGGUUGUGCCUCAGGCAGAUUUCACCAAAAGCGCGUACCAAGAGACGUAUCCCGUGACGAAAGCCAAACACAUACGUUUCCAUAGCGCAGACAUCGUCCCGGGGCGCUUUACUGAACACAAAACAGCCAGAAGGCUCCGACAUUCUUUAGAGAUCGGACGGUCACCGGAUCGCAGACCCCGAGGCCUGGUGACCGACACGCAAACGGCAGGUAACAUUGCCACGAUCUUCAAUAAACACAUGAAGCGCUUCUUCACAUACGAGGAAUACGGUGCGCAUUGGACGACAAUGUCCCAGGACCUUACUAUCAUGUGCAAGGGACUGCAUGGCUGGGAAGAAUACGAGCGAGGUGUCGAAGCGCUGCAGAAGGUGGUGGCAUCGGAAAAUAACCGUGAGGCGGGUAGCAAGAAAGCACUCAGCUUUCCUGAUUUGCUCAUCAAGCCAAUUCAGCGGGUCUGCAAGUACCCUCUACUGUUCGACGAUUUGUGCCGCCACACACCCGUCUACGACGACCCGGAAGCGCACGCCGAACUUGAAAAAGCUCUUUUCCGUCUGCAAGAGACCAUUCGCGAAGUCAACAAAGCGAAAGAUGACCCUCAGACCCGGCGCCUCAUUGAAGUCACAUGGCAGUUACAAGAUCGCCUAGCUUUCUCGGAGCAGAAGAUAUCUCGAGCUCUUGUCUUCCGCCUUCUCGGGCAUGUGCUCCUCUGCGGCGCUCUACAUGUAACCUACCAGACACCUGAUCGUAUUAAAGGCUCAUACAUGGUAUGCGUACUUUAUAAGUCCUGUCUGGUACUUGCAACGGCAAGUCGGUUCCAUACACCCUACACCGUUGUGGCUUCAAUUGGACUUGCCAAUGCCAGCAUCGAGGAAUCUGAUAAUGGCCGCGGUAUCCAGUGUCACACAGCCCCACAUACAUGGAAGUUCGUCUUCGAACACAGCCAUCGCUUACACGAACUCAUCUUCAGCGCCUGUACCUCCCAGGAGGAGGAGGUAUGGAAGAAGCAGCUGCGCGAGCGUAUUGUUUAUGAGACACACGAUUUCGUCGAAGGCCAGUCUACCAUGCAGGACAUGUAUACGUCCUUAUCACUUGAACUCAAAUCUCUUGGUCCUAUUUUCGGUCAUGCAAACACGAUAGUACGACGCAUGUCAGUUCACCGAGCGGCGACUCUGGGCGCAAAAACCAACAUGAGCCAAGUCAUCAUAAAGAACACUCAGGCGCAGAAGUUACCCGACAUGCCUCCGACAUUCUCGCCAAGUAUACUAACCCGAUCGCAAUCGCACCUCUCCGCAAAUCACAUCUCUACACUUGCUCCACGACGAGCUGAGCGCAUUCGUCUGGAGACUACAUUGGAAGACGUAUGGACGAAAGACAUGUUGCCUUUUCCGGGUAUGUCGAAUCGGAGGAUGGAAACUCAGAUCCGAGCUUCGGCUAACUCAGUCAUGCGAAAACUGAGCAUGGCAAGCAUUGCUAGCAAUUUCUCGCGUCGCUCGCCUAGCCUUUCUAACGCGAGCAAUACACGAUCAGAAGACUCCUUCGGAAGCCGGGUCCAUAAGAUGUCAAACGGAAACCUGCGAGCUCAAUCGGCGACAGACCGAAGACCUGCACCGGCAGUUGUGGACUUCCAUUCCGCACCCGCCGCAUUCUUGCCCACGGAUUUCGAAGUAGAGGACACGCGGCCCUCGAGCAGACGCCGACAUCUUGCCAGCCGUGCUAUAGGCGUGAAACUUCCACUCGACAAGCCUCUACAGAGCAAGCCAAAGAAACUCCGCCGUCUUUCCACGCAUUUGAUUAGCCUCCCACGAUCUGAGUCCAGCGCUCGAGUGACUGAAAGAACCGCCUCUCACGCCUCAACAGCAACUACGUUACGUGUACCACCUCCUUGCGUGGAGGUGACAAAGAACAUGGAAAACCGGAGACAGCGUCGACAAGAAGACUACACCGCCGACUCUCGACCUGCAUCUGCUGGUUUAGCGUCUUCCACCUCGAACAAGUUUUCCAAGAGCAAGAGUCGGAUCUUUAAUUUCUUCCGAUGA